CUCCAAAGACUCAGCUGUCGGCCGUGAUGGCGAUGAUUCACGGGAAGUUGUCAGCGAAGGAGCGAAAGACCUCUUCCACUGCAAAGCAGCGAAAGCCUCGCGCAACCCAGCCAAGACCCACUGUGAAGCGAUCGGCCCGUAGAGCAGCAGCAGCAUCAGCAGCGGGAUCUGUACCAGCACCGGCAGCAGCUGAUUCUGAGAGUUCUAUGCUGCCCGACACCGGCGCCACCACGCGGCAGAUGACACGCGCUACCACCAACCAGCUCUUGAACGGAGACUCGACGAACAAUACCGAGGCGUUUAUCGCUCCGGGCGUCGAAGCUCCUGCGAGCGACGACGCAGCAGGGAGGCCGAUGCGGCGAAACAAGCGAGCAUGCGCGGCAGCAGCGCCGGGGACGGACGGAGGCGGGACGAAGGAGCCGCGCUACAAGUGCGUCGCGUGCCCGGCGGCGUUCGAGCUCAAGCGCCAACUGAAGGGUCACAUGGACGCGAAGCAUCGCGGAGAGAAACCCUACCACUGCCGCGUGUGCGACAUGCCGUUCUCGAAGCAGAAGACGAUGCGGGCGCACCUUGCUACGCACACAGGCUCGCGCGCGCACCGCUGCCCGACCUGCUCGGCGACCUUCCUGCGACGCGGCAACCUCAAGGAGCACCUGCGCACGCACACACGUGACCGUCCGCACGUGUGCCGCGUGUGUGACUACGCGUUCGCCCGCAAGUACAACAUGCGGCAGCACAUGCGCACGCACAGCCCGACGCCGCUCGCGCGCCCCUACAAGUGCGAUGCCUGCGACGCCACCUUUGCGCAGAAGUACCGCCUGCAGACACACUGGCGUACGCACUCGGGCGAGAAACCGUACGCGUGCGGUGACUGCUUGGCAUCGUUCUCCCAGAAGGGUGACCUGAAGCGACACCGACUGAUCCAUACAGGGGAGAAGCCGUUUGCGUGCGAGGUGUGCGGGCUGUCCUUCCCGCGCAGCUACACGCUCGUGCAGCACAUGCGCACGCACACGGGAGAGAAGCCGUACAAGUGCAGCGAGUGCGCGGCGGCGUUCACGCAGACCUACCACCUGAAGACGCACAUGUACAAGCACACGGGCGAAAAGCCCUAUCGCUGUGAGGAGUGCUUCGCCUCGUUCAGCUACUCGUCCUACCUGAAGAUCCACAUGCGCAUUCACACUGGGGAGAAACCGUGCGUGUGCGAGGUGUGCGCGGCGGCGUACGCCGACCCCAGCACACUGCGCAAGCACAUGCACACGCACCUCGGCGAAAAGCCGUACAAGUGCGAUCGCUGCGCGGCUGCGUUCUCCCGCAAGGGCGACCUCAGCAAGCACGCGGUGGUGCACGCCGUGGAGCUGACCUACCGCUGCGCUGCCUGCCCCGCAUGCUUCUCCUCGCGAGAGCAGCUCGCCGCUCACACGCGUGCGCACAAGACUCGCCCGCCGGCGCCCCCUCCUCCUCCCUUGCCGGCGGCACCCCCACCGGCUCCCCUUCCCCCGGCGAUGGCGCGCGGGGACAAGCCGUACGCUCACAAGUGUGGCGCGUGUCCCGCGGCGUUCACCGAGCGAGACCACCUCGCUCAGCACCUCCGCACGCAUGCCGAGGACCGCUACCGCUACCGGUGCCGCGCGUGCCCUGCAGCAUUCGCCGCGCAGGACUACCUCGCCGCCCACCUGCGAGCGCAGCAUCCCGUCGCCGAGAAACCCUACAAGUGUCACCUGUGCGCGGCGGCGUACGUUGAGCGAGACCACUUGGCGCAGCACCUGCGCGUUCACGGAGCCGCGGCGGCAGCAACGGACAAGCAGUACACGUGUGCGCUGUGCCACGCGGCGCUGCCGGACCAGGCUCAGCUGUCGCAGCACAUGCACGCACACGCGGCGAUGGAGAAGGCUGCGUCGCAUCGCUGCCACCUGUGCGCAGCGGCGUUCGGCGAGCAGGAGCAUCUGAACCACCACCUGCGCUCGCACGCCGCGAUGGAGAACACAUACAUGUGCCAGGUGUGCCACGCCUCGUUCCCGGAGCCCGGCUACCUGAACCUGCACAAGUGCGGCAACAACGCCCACGUGGACCACCAGAUGGCACAGCCAAUGCUGCCGCACGCGCACGCGCACGUGGUCGAGCAGCCACACCCGAUGGACAAGCAGCCCUACCGACCGACCUUCAUAACCCCGCAGGUGUUCCGUGGCGACAUAUUCUCGCAGGCGACGACGCCGCACAUGGGUCACGGCCCGCCGGCGCCCUCUGCCACGCACCACGUCGACAAAGCGGCGUCGGCGUACGUCGGCGCGGUUGCGGCAGGCUGCGAGAUGGUGCUGCCCCCGCACAGCCAGGAGUCGCCGCACCCGGGCAGCUACAGGCGCGACUACGCCGUGUGAUCGCAGUGGUGGCGGCGCCCCCUGGCGGCGAGAAGUGGGACUGUGCGUGGACGGUGUCUACUCCAUGUGAUUCCAACGGCUCCCCUAUCAUCCAGGAGUGCAACUACAGUUGUGACUAUGCCUUGUAAGGUGGCACCCUCUAGCAGCCAGAUAUGCAGUUACAGAUGAGAUAUCUUUCAGAGUCAUCGUGGCAGCCUCUGUCCGCAAGGAGUGUUGCUACACUGUGUGAUGGUGCUGACCCCUGGCAGCUGGAAGUAGAUGACGGAAUGCGCAGGACACAUUCCGACGAACGAAAUUGCACAAAUUUACUUUUGUGUAUUGUUUUGAUGUUUAGGGGACUCUCAAGCCUAACACUGCAGAAAAAUCACAAGGUGAUUAUUGUUUUUCGUAAUGUGAUGAUUAAGGUGAAGGCUGAUUUCGUUUGCUCCCACAUAGCUGCCAAGUUCGUGCCAUUUCUAGACGUUUACAGCGUUGUACGUCUUAUUGUUAAAGUUAUUGUUGUUGAAUCAAAAGAGAACAAAUCUUCCACGAGUUGUCGGUGAAUGAGCCAAUGAGACGUGCAUAAAAGGCUUGUCUCAAUUCUCGUUAUGUUCGAGACAUACUCCUGCACGUUUACUCUAUCAGUGAGUUGCUAUCUGAUGAGCAUGCAUUAAUUUGGAUAUGUACAAUAGGUUGUAUAUAGAUUGAUGGGAGGUUUUUAGUCGCUCUAUUUUUGUAUCCGUUUAUCUUGUACACGUAUGUCUAGGCCGAUUUAAACUAGUUCACAGUAUGUAUAUAAAUAUAUAUAUAUUUGAAUAUAUAAAUGAAGCAAAUAGAUGUCUUUUAGUAGUAGAUCUAAUGACAAGCAAAUGAUAGUGAUUAUGCAUACAUACGUACAUAGGUAACUAAUUGGUGUAACAUCUAUUGUAUAGGUGGGUUUUUAUUUUUUUAACUGCAAAUCCACAACGCACUCGCACACAGUGUGAACCUUUGUAAAUAGUUGUAUAUAUAAUAUAUAAAUAAUAUAUAUAUGAAGAGAGAACGCAUCCCUAGUGUAGUACACAUCUUGGGAAAACGCGAUUGUGCCACCACGUAUACUUUUUAAUUACGAAAUAAAGUUGUCAUCGAAUCUGAGAUGAAAUCUAUAU